UCUUCAACAGAUUUGAAAGUCUCUCUCUGUCUCUCUGCGCUUCAGUGUACGGAUUCAAGGUCGAAAUCAUGGAAGAGGUUGACGAAACAGAUGCCCUACCUCAGGUGUAUAUGGCAUGCAUCAUGCACGGUCGAAGAGUUGGAAUCUCUUAUUAUGAUUCCAGUAUAUGCCAUCUCCAUGUUAUGGAAUUUUGGGAAGAUGAGGAUGAAGAUUUUCCUAUGGUUGAGAUGGUAAAAUAUCAAGCUCAGCCUUGUGUUAUCUAUACCAGCACUAAGAGUGAAGAGUCCUUUUUGAAUGCUUUACAAAGCAAUGACGGAGAAACCGAAGCUCCAACAGUGAAGCUUGUGAAAAGUUCAUUAUUCACCUAUGAGCAAGCAUGGCACAGGCUAAUGUACCUGCGUGUUGCCGGAAUGGAUGAAGGAUUCAAUAUUAAGGAAAGGGUCUCUUUUCUCAGUUCAAUGAUGGACAUCCGAAGUGAUGUUCAAGUUCGUGUCAGUGGGGGACUUCUUGCCAUAUUAGAGAGUGAAAGGUUAAUAGACACCCUUGAGCAGAAAGAGUCUCUGAACCCAUCAAUUGCAAUAAAUUCCAUAUCUCAAAUUUCACUGCAAAAUUUCCUUAAAGUUGACUCCACUGCUCAUGAGGCACUACAAAUAUUUCAAACUGACAAGCAUCCCAGCCAUAUGGGCAUUGGUAGAUCUAAGGAAGGGUUCUCUGUAUACGGAAUGAUGAAUAAGUGUGUAACACCCAUGGGCAGACGUCUAUUAAGGAACUGGUUCCUGAGGCCAAUAGUGGACCUUGAAAAGCUUAAUGUUCGUCUUGAUACUAUAUCUUUCUUUGUUGGUGCUGAAGAAUUUAUGGUUUCCAUACGUCAGACCCUGAAGUCUGUGAAAGAUAUUCCUCACUUACUCAAGAAAAUCAACUCUCCGAGUUCUGUAUGUACAAAUAGUGAUUGGGCUACCUUUCUGAGGAGCAUAUGCUCUCUGCUGCACAUCAACAAGAUAUUUGAAGUAGGUAUCUCUGAAACACUCCAAGAGCAAUUGAAGUAUUUGAACUUGGACAUAAUUGAGAAGGCUGGUCUUCACAUCACUGCAGAUCUGGCCUACGUAUAUGAACUGGUUAUUGGAGUUAUAGAUCUAAAUCGAGGUAAAGAAAAGGGUUAUGAGACAAUAGUGAAAGACAACUUUUGUGGGGAGUUGGACGAGCUGAGGCAAAUUUAUGAGGAAUUGCCUGAAUUUCUUGAAGAGGUGUCAUCAUUGGAACUUGCACGUUUGCCUUAUAUGUCGGGGGAAAAAUUUAUUCCCUGUAUUGUUUAUAUACACCAAAUAGGCUACUUAAUGUGCCUUUUUGAAGAAAAACUUGAUGAUGAUGUUCUGGAGAAACUUCAGGAUUUUGAAUUUGCUUUCUCCGAUGAAGAUAAAGACUGCAAGAAAUUUUUUUAUCGCACUGCAAAGACAAGGGAAUUGGAUAACCUUCUUGGAGAUGUAUAUCACAAGAUUCUUGACAUGGAGAGAGCAAUUACCAGAGACCUCAUCACGCAUAUUCUUGAAUUCUAUGUUCCACUACUGAAAGCUGUUAAUUUUGCAGCUGAGCUUGAUUGCACUUUGUCAUUAGCAUUAGUUGCUCGUCAGAACAACUAUGCGAGGCCCAUUUUAACUUCUGAAAGCAUGAUUGACAUAAGAAAUGGAAGGCAUGUUUUGCAGGAAAUGACUGUCGAUACAUUUAUUCCCAAUGAUACAAUAAUUAUGGAUGAAGGAAGAAUCAGUAUCAUUACUGGGCCAAAUUAUUCUGGAAAAAGUGUCUACAUAAAACAGGUUGCCUUGAUUGUUUUCCUUUCCCAUAUUGGGAGUUUUGUACCAGCAGAUGCAGCAACAGUGGGUGUGACUGAUAGGAUAUUCUGUGCAAUGGGAAGCAAGUAUAUGACUGCUGAGCAAUCUACAUUUAUGAUUGAUCUCCAACAAAUAGGCAUGAUGUUGAGGCAUGCCAGUUCUCGAUCUUUGUGCCUGGUUGAUGAAUUCGGGAAAGGAACUCUUUCUGCAGAUGGCAUCGGUCUCCUCGGUGGAACCAUAAAUUAUUUUGCCUCAUAUGAUAACCCCCCAAAGGUUUUGCUCUCCACUCACUUAAGUGAGAUAUUUGAAGAUGGUUAUUUAGUGGAGUCAAGCAAGAUCAAGCAUUUCACUAUGAGUGUGCUGAGCCUAGCUGAAAAAUGCACAGACACCGACGACAUUGUGUUUCUAUACAGGUUGGUUCCCGGACGUGCACUUCUUAGCUAUGGGCUGCACUGCGCAUUACUUGCUGGUGUUUCUGAGAAAGUUGUAGAGAGAGCAGCACACCUACUUGUUUCAAUAGAGAAUAACAAGAAUGCUGAGAGACUUGUCAACGAGAGCAUAUCCGCGCAGGAUCAGCAGUAUCAGGAGGCUGUUAAGAAGUUGUUGGCAUUUGAUACUUCUAAUGGAGAUUUUAAGCUUUUCUUUGAAGAUAUAUUGCCUUAGAAACAUUACAAUCUUGGAUUGUCAGUUUCCAUGUGGCUUCAUUUUGGCAUAUUGUGUGGUGCUCGGUAAUUAUCAGUCUUUUGAGCAAAGAAAAGUUUUGGGAAUCA